AUGGUACCACUUAUGAGCCUUAAUAACGCGUCUUCGUCAUCCGUCAGUUCACGAGACAAAACGCUUCCUCCGGCCCCUGUUCCGUCGUCUCCACCAGACAUUCUCCAGGCCAAGACAUUGAAGCGGAAAAACUUCAAAAAGCUCUCGCUAGAGCCUGGGGCCAUCAAACCGGAACAAGACAACAAAAACAAUUUCAAAAAUGACAAUCUUAAAAAUGAGAAUCUCAACUUGGCACAUUCGGAACUCAAACCGAUUCCCCCGUCUCUCAGAGACAAACGAGAUCGUAUCCGUCCUGCUCCGCUUCUCAAUCUCGACAAACCAGUAAACCCGGAUGACAAUACAGUGGAUAACGACCUCAUGAACCAUUUUUCAGGCAUCAAACUCAACAGUCACCGCACCUCCAAUCUGCAUACCAGCGUUCCCAAAAAGAGACAAACGGUGAUUUCGUCGAUCUCGCCCACCAAAUCCGCCACGUCGUCGCCACGAGAACCGCAGGUGCUCAGUUUUGCAUCGUCGUCGCCCAUGGCUACCACCUCCUCCAUCAAGCUCAACAACGACGAUCUCCUCACUCUCCGGUCUCUCGGUAGCGGAAACUCGGGCACAGUGUCCAAGAUCUUGCAUAUUCCCACCCAGAAGACCAUGGCUAAGAAAAUCAUUCAUAUUGAGCUGAAACUGGUGAUCCAGACACAAAUCAUCCGUGAACUCAAAAUCAUGCACGAGUGCCGUUCUCCCUUCAUUAUCGACUUCUAUGGCGCCUUCAUCGACACCAACAACACCAUUGUCAUCUGCAUGGAAUAUUGCAACUGUGGCUCUUUGGACAAGAUCGCCAAUAUCUGUAGACAAUUUCCUCUUCCAGUGGUCAAGAAACUUGCAUUUGCAAUUUUAUCUGGACUCACCUACCUUUACACCACCCACAAGAUUCUUCACCGUGAUAUCAAACCAAGCAAUGUGUUGAUGACUCACAAAGGUGAGUUCAAGUUGUGUGAUUUUGGAGUGCUGAGAGAAUUAACCAAUUCUUUAGCGGUAGCCGAUACUUUUGUCGGUACCUCAACUUAUAUGUCUCCCGAGCGGAUCCAAGGUAUGAACUACGGAAUCAAGUCUGAUGUGUGGCUGAUGGGUCUUAUGUUGUUAGAGUUGGCUUCUGGACGUCCAGUGUGGAUUGACGAUGACGACUCGGUGCUGGGCCCAGAAGGCAUUUUGGAUCUUUUGCAAAGAAUUGUCAACGAAACACCUCCAACUAUCAGGAACAAGGUGGAUCCCAAAACUGGGGCACCGUACGACCCGGAUCUUGUUCGGUUUAUCGAUUCGUGUUUGGUGAAGGACGAGGCAAAACGCAAGCUUCCUUGGGAAUUGCUCGAGCAAGAUUUAUUUUUGCGAGGAGUAGCUGAAGGAACUUUUGAUAAAGAAGUCAAGGCGUGGGCAAAAGGCAUUAGAAAGUCACACAAGGACACAUAG